AUGAAAGGAUGUUCUAUUUUCAGAUCUGGACAUUUUUUAUUUCUGCUUUGUCUUUUUGCUGUGGAAGGCAAAAAGUCACCUGCAGGAAAAAACACCUGCCGAAAAGGACUCCUCUCCCAGGUGACGGAGAACCUGUAUGUCAAGGCAACUAGUUUAAAAUCAUCUAUUCCUAAGGAUCUCAUCAAGACCACGAGAUUGCUUAAAAAGACUACAAAAAUGCUGUUUAUGACAAACUGCACUGUUCGAGAUCAGCUCCUCUCCUUCUAUGUGAAAAAUGUCUUCAGUCGUCUUGAAGUAGGAAGUGACAAGUUGUACUUCAUUAGUGCCUUCCAGUUCCUGCAAGCAAAUAUGGAUGCCUGUCUUCCGUGUGCUCCAUCCACAAGGUUAACUUCUGCUGUCAAAAAGUUAAAGAGAGUGUUUCUUAAGCUUGGAGAUCAGGGAAUCUACAAGGCCAUCCACGAAUUGGACAUUCUCCUUCCCUGGAUUCAGGCCUACAUACAAACCAUCAUAUGA